AUGGACGUGGACGUGGACGUGGACGUGGACGUGGACGUGGACGUGGACGUGGACCUGGACGUGGACAUGGACGUGGACGUGGACGUGGACGUGGACAUGGACGUAGACGUAGACGUGGACGUGGACGUGGACAUGGACGUGGACGUGGACGUGGACGUGGACGUGGAGGACGUGGACGUGGACGUGGACGUGGACGUGGAGAACUUGGACGUGGACAUGGACGUGAACGUGGACGUGGACGUGGACGUGGAGGACUUGGACGUGGACAUGGACGUGGACGUGGACGUGGACGUGGACCUGGACGUGGACAUGGACGUGGACGUGGACGUGGACAUGGACGUGGACAUGGACGUGGACGUGGACGUGGACAUGGACGUGGACGUGGACGACGUGGACGUGGACGUGGACGUGGACGUGGAGAACUUGGACGUGGACAUGGACGUGAACGUGGACGUGGACGUGGACGUGGAGGACUUGGACGUGGACAUGGACGUGGACGUGGACGUGGACAUGGACGUGGACGUGGACGUGGACGUGGACAUGGACGUGGACGUGGACGUGGACGUGGACGUGGACAUGGACGUGGACGUGGACGUGGACGUGGACGUGGACGUGGACAUGGACGUGGAGGACUUGGACGUAGACGUGGAGGACUUGGACGUGGACGUGGACCUGGACGUGGACGUGGACGUGGACGUGGACGUGGACGUGGACAUGGACGUGGACGUGGACGUGGACGUGGACAUGGACCUGGACAUGGACGUGGACGUGGACGUGGACGUGGACAUGGACGUGGACGUGGACAUGGUCGUGGACGUGGACGUGGACGUGGACGUGGACGUGGACAUGGACGUGGACAUGAACAAGACGUGGACGUGA